UUACAGGUGAAGUUAGGCCUCGGAAUUCUGCAAGAAAAAGGCUCCUACCUGGAGCCACUUCUGGCUUUGCUACCACAUCUUCCAAUUUGUAUGACAGAUCACGUCUCUUGAACUCCAAACUCAGUGGAAAUGGCGAGCCCUCAAACCCAAGCUACUCUCAAUGAACUGAGAAUGCACAAAGGCAACAAUAUCUGCUUUGAAUGUGGGGCAUGUAAUCCUCAAUGGGCUUCCAUCACUUAUGGCAUAUUGAUCUGCUUGGACUGCUGUGGGAAACACCGUAGCCUUGGAGUCCAUUUGUCAUUUGUACGUUCCAUCACCAUGGACAAGUGGAAAGAAGCAGAACUGAAGAAAAUGAAAGUUGGAGGAAAUCAACAGGCAAGAGAGUUUCUGAUGUCUCAGCCUGAUUACAAUCAUUCAUCUCCAAUCCAACAGAAGUACAAUACCAAAGCAGCUUCCCUUUAUAGGGACAAGAUUUCAGCUCUUGCUGAGGGGAAGGAGUGGAAAAUGCCUGCAUCUACAAAGAGAGCUUCUUCCAUUAUUCAGCAUGAUGACUUGAGCUUAGGCAUUGUUUCAGAAGCCCCUCAGAAGUCAUGCCAGUAUUCCUAUGCUAUGGGAGACUUUGAAGGCUAUCAGACAUUAUCUUGUCAAAACCAGACAGAAGCAUUCUUAUCAAUGAAGCAGCAGGAGAAUGCUAUGAGACCAAGUCACCUCCCUCCAUCUCAAGGCGGUCAAUACUCGGGUUUUGGCUAUACCAUGGAUCCCCCUCAUGGUGCAUCUCAAGAUCGGUUGAGUUCAGCCAUGUCCUCCCUGGUAUCUGGAUGGUCAUCCUUCUCCUUUGGUGCUGGGAAAUUUGUCUCCAAGGCUUCAGAGAGUGCAGCACGUCUCGGUUCCAUUGCUACUCAGAGGGUUCAAGAAUGGAGAGGGACAAUGGGAGAUGGGGUUGGUGACCUUGGAAGGAGAGGUUUCUCAGAGUCUUCCCUUGGAUAUGGGAGCAGUCAUCAAAGUGAUUCCUAUGCACCCUUUGGAGGUUCCAAUGUGGGUGAAAAGUCAUCUCUUCUGAAUAGCAUAAACAGCUCUACCAGAGGUACCAUGAGCUCGAAUCAGGAACAGAUGUCUGGUGAAAAUCAGUUGUGGAGUGAGUGGGAUCUCACCCGUCCACCUCCAUGUGAGGAUAUAUUAAGACUCGGCACCGACUUUGGAGGAGGUGACCUCCGCUCGCAUCGAGGAUAUUUCCAUCACCGAGGAGAUGAUCGAGAAUAUGAUAGGGAAGCUGAAGGUGGGCAAGGCGACCGGCCCCGAUGGGAUUCCUGCGAGAGUCAUUAA